AUGGCUGAUCAGCUCAUCACGGUAUGCAACAUGCCGCGAGCUAUCUAUGUAUUCCUUGUUGGGUAUCAGUGGCCAAUCGAUGGAACCUUCUGGCUUCUGGUGUGCAAAAUUACCAGUGCUGUCUCAUAUAUGUCAGUACUUGUGUCAACAUUAUGUUUCGCGUUCAUCGCCUUGAACAGGUUUCUUGCGGUGUUCUCUCCACUUCGUCGCCCCAUGACCAGGAAAAUAAUGGCUGGAAUAAUCGCAUUUACCUGGAUCUUUCCAUGUUGCUGCUACUAUCUGUUAUUUCACUACGCCGAGCUUUCAAGCAUAAAUGGAAAAACAUACUGCGCUAAUGCCAUUAUAAGAGAUCUCUUGAAAACCAGCGAAAACUACCACAGGUACUUGAUCUGUGACUUGGUUGUGACGACAGGAAUUCCCGUUGCCAUAGCAAUAGCUCUGUACACUGCUAUUGCGUUAAAAAUGUGUACUAGAAAAACCCCAGGGAAUCAAACGGCAUCCAGAACCACCCGCAACCGCACUAUUAACCGGAAGCAUUAUGGACGUUGGCAAAAGUGUCGCAUAUUUGAAAACUUGGUGCAGGCAAAUUCAAGCGUUGUAGGGCGUGAUUGUCUCGACUUGCUGCACCGAGGCUUCAACUCCUCCGGUUUGUAUCACAUUGACCCGGAUGGUAAUGGAGCUUACCAAGUUUUAUGCGAUCAAGAAACAAACGGUGGUGGAUGGGUUGUGAUACAAAAGCGCUUUGAUGGCGCUGUUGACUUUGUUAAUAAAACCUGGAGCGAAUAUAAAGACGGAUUUGGCAACCUGUCCACUGAAUUCUGGCUGGGCAACGAAAAGCUGCAUCGAUUGUCGUCCAUGAAUCAAACGCUCCUAGUGGAAAUCGAAGAUUUUAAUGGAGAAAAGGUACACGCGUCCUAUGACGAGUUUUCCGUUCAUUCCGAGACUGAAAAAUACAAACUUUACGUGAAAGGAUAUUCUGGCACAGCAAAGGACUCACUUUCGGGUCACAGUGGCUUUCUGUUCAGCACCAUUGAUCAAGAUAAUGGCCCACAUGCUUCAUGGCAUUGUUCACAAAGGAAUGGCGGAGGCUGGUGGUUCAAAUUUUGCGGAAGAGCACUUUUAAAUGGUUACUAUGUACCUAGUCCAGAAAUAGGUAUGCUAUGGUAUCACUGGAACAAUAGCCAUCACCGCCUGAAACAAACAGCGAUGAAAAUAAGAACGCUUAGAGGUAAGGAAAAUUAGGGACGGACCAUUAUUCUUUUUUGUUGUUGUUGU